CUGUAAUAGCUAUAAUACUGAAUGUGUACUGGCCGUUAGCAGAUUUUUAUCUACAUUAUCUGUGCUCACUGUCAGCUUAAGUGGCGCCCUCGUACUGUCAUUGCAGCGGCAAAGUAACACCUAUCAUUGGAGGGACGAAUUGUUGGUUUUUUACUAAAAUUAUAUAUUUUUACUGCAGAAAAUGGAUGAAGAAGGCGAUAAUAUUUUGCUCGAGGAUAAUUACUAUCAAUUACUGAAUGUUUCAAAGACGGCAACAUUAGAGGAAAUAAACAGUGCAUAUCGACGUUUCUCACGUAUGUUCCAUCCUGAUAAACACAGUACUGAUCCAAACAAACAGAAAUGGGCAGAACAAAUAUUCAACAAGGUCAAAGAGGCUUAUGAAGUGCUUUCAGAUUCACAUAAGAGGGCCAUUUAUGAUACAUUAGGUAAGCGUGGUUUGGAGGUGGAGGGUUGGGAAGUAAUAUUUCGUACUCGCACACCUAGGGAAAUCAGAGAGGAAUAUGAAAGGUUGAAACGUGAAAGGGAGGAACGAAGGCUUCAGCAGAGCGCCAACCCUCGUGGGACAAUCACAUUGUCUGUAAAUGCUACGGAUAUGUUUAUGAAAUAUUACGAUGAGUAUGAAAUUUUGGAGGAUUCAAAUAUUUUACCAAAUAUUGAGGUGUCUGGAAUGACUAUACAACAGUCAAUUGAUGCACCAGUGACACUAAGAAACACUAUGACUCUAUCAGGAAACAUAUCAACACAGAAUGGGAUUGGUACGGGUUCAGUGAAUAUUUGUAAUCGUAACCUGAGUUCUGAGAAGGGAUGGACUGAAGUGGAGUGUGGUAUAGGAAAUGGACCUCUCCUCGGCUUCAAAAUAUUCAGGACUCUGUCGCGACUGAUGUUCUUGAACUGCGGGACUGUUUUGCAAUUCACACCAAGAGGCAUUUCACCAAGUCUUGUAUCUACCUUAGCCGUGCAACUGGACGCUCACUCAGUGGGUUACCUGACGUAUCGCGCUGGCGGACAGGGUGGAUCUUCUAUGACUUCCAUUUAUGUGCGAGACUCUGAGAAGUACCACACAAACACGGCGCUACAGAUCGGAACUCCUCACUCCUUCAUAACAUUCAACAUCAUGAGAAAACUGCCCCAACAUGACAUGAAACUCAGGCUGGCUUUGAAGUUUGGCACGUUUGGCGCUAUAGCUGAAUAUGGUGCUGAGAAAAAAGUGUCCCAGAACAGCAGCGUGUCAGCGGCCGUCAUGCUAGGAGUUCCAAGCGGAGUAAUGCUUAAAUUGAAGUGGACAUGUUCAUCACAAACCAUUGUAGUACCAAUCCACCUUUGUGAGGAGGUGAUGCCAUCGCCUGUGUUCUACGCGACGGUCGUCCCUCUGGUGUCAUGGCUGGUCCUAAAGAAGAUCAUUCUCGACCCCAUUGCUAGAGAAAGACAGGAGCGUGAGAGGCAGCGAUCUAUGGAGGCUAAUUUCGAAAGGUUACAGGAAAUGCAACGGCAAGCUCGAGCAACUGUUGAACUGAUGAGAGAAACAUACUCAAGGAUCAGGUCUGAUGAGGAGAAAAAGAAAGGCCUGGUCAUUCUUCGAGCACUAUAUGGAAAACUACCUUCAGGUGCUUCAGCCCACGAAAUAGGAGCAGAACAAACUGGUGACGGUAUAUCACCGGAAAGUCCCACCAUGAUGAGCGAAGUGAUAGACGUCACCAUACCGGUGCAGUGUCUCAUUAAGGACUCUCGGUUAGAACUGCUCGAAGCAAGCAAGUCUGAGUUGCCCGGAUUCUACGACCCGUGCGUUGGCGACGACAAGCACUUGACCAUUCAGUACAUGUUCCACAACAACCUACACUGCUGUACUGUUUCCGACAGCCAAGCCCUUGUUCUUCCACGUAAUAAUCAUCGGAUAAAAAAUAGAUCCUGAAAUUUAAAAGCGAAGCGCAGGUACAAAGCUACGGAGCGCUCCCGCCCACUUCCCUAAAGUUAAUAGUAGACAUCGUGAUUAAGUCGACAUGAAUGUUGCGUAUAAAUCCAGAAAAUUAUUAUCACAAAGCUUUGAAUCUAGGCAGCUAAUGACAUUCCAUUAUUAUGCGAACAGUACCCCAAUGUCUGCGUGUAGUACCCGAUAAAGUGUUGAGUUAUAAUACUUUAAUCAUUGUUUUCUAUAAAAAAGUGCCUCGAAACUGUAGCAAUAUAUUACAUAAAAAAUUAAAUAUUUACACCAACAUAGUAACUAUAUAUAUAUGUAUAUUUUAAAUGCAUAAUUUUUUGUCCAGAGAAUUGAUAUUUUUAAUGUAUGUGAUGUAGUGUUUUUAGUAGGACUUUAAAAUUAGCAGCCUAUUAAAAUGAUAGGAGCAACAGUGUUGGUCUAAAAAGUUAUCAAUCCUUGUUGAUUGCAAUUGAAUGGUUAUUAUAUAGGUGUAGUGAAAGCUAUGCGUAACUGUGUAAAUAAAUCUUAGUUGUAGUUGUGCUAAAGUUAUCUGCUCCAUAAGAAAAUUCCUUUCGGGACAUGUAUUUCAAUGUAUUUUUGCUACUGGACAUAGGCGUUCGUGUCACAAAAAUAUUUAUAAAACAUAAAAAUGAUAAUCAAGUAAAUGUUUAAUUUAAGUAUGAGUACAGCAACCCCGCACUUUGUGAGAAAAAAUAACGAAGUAGUUACCUCACUGUGUUGUGAUCUUAUAAAUAGCGAAGAUUAAUUAAGGUAGCGCUUUGUGUAUUAAAUUUACAGAGCUAAGGGAAAAUAGUUUUAUUUCCUAUGCGACUUACGUCUAUAAGCUCGAAAAUACUAAACAUGUUCUUGCUUUGCGUAUAAUCUUGAUUUACUUAGUGCCUUAUGAACUUGUCAGCCGUCAAAAGAAUGAAGAAGGUAUCUACAAUUUGUAACCAUUCUAGUAAACUGGAAUGGAUUCGUCCAACAACCGUGGCUGAUGUCCUACAUAUGUAUGUGGGCAUACGUCACGUUCUGUGCUUGCAGGUUUGAGCAAUAGCUGGUCAUGUCGUGACAAGACAAACAGCAAAGAGUUCAUUAACUCGGAGUUAUAAUAAUUAAUGUGCGAGUGGAAAAAAACUAUGUUGUCGAACACUUCGCAGAACGUUAGUCAAGUGAUAAGAUCUCGCACGCACAUGGGAUAUAAUAUUAACCUUGCGCGCGAGCCAUCAGCCUGAUACCCUAACCAAAGCGAUAUUUAUUUUUAUAGCCACCUUAUAAGUACAAAAUUUAAAUGCUAAACUUAACAUAAUCGAAUUGUUAUAUUUUUACGCGCGAGCUCUGGCAAAUAUUCAGUUUAGAUUUUUCAUAUAGGUACUUCCAUCGACCACAUUCUUGUGCCCGUAGUAACAUUAUUUUUUAGUAUUUUCCAUUGAUUCUUAACCAAUAAGUAAUUGGUGUAUUUUUCUAUUUAACUAGAUUCGCACAAAACUAGCCGAUAAAUGAAUACUUAAUUAAAUCUACCUUGAAACAGCGCUUGCACAAAAAGCUUUGAUAAUUAAUUUUCUGGAUUUUGGCGUGUUAGUUAGACGUAAACGUUGAUUGUUGAGCAGUUAGUUUUUUUGAAUUUGUGCUUCAUCGAUGUAAUGUGCAGAGCAACGAUAAAUCGCCUGUAUUAGUCGAAUUACCUUCUAGUAUUGUUUUCUUUUUUCUAUUUUCAUUUUUUUGUAAAAUAAUAAAUGUUGAUUAUUCUAAUCUUAUUUCGAAUACUUCCAAUGAAUUAACGCCUACAUUGUAUUGAGCGAGCCCUGUUUUAUCUUUUAAAUAUAAAUGUUAUAGUUUCUUUAUAUGACCUUAAGGAAUAUAUGCUGCGAAAUAAACAUUAUAAAGUU